UUUGUUUGCAUCUCUUAUCUUAUCAGUCCGGAGCAGGAGUUACGAACGCUAGAGGAGCAGUCUAUGUUGUCGAGUUGCUGAUGAGCGCAUCUAAAGCGGAAGGCUUUUUCUAGCGUACAUCGUCCCCGGACAGUCAUAGCGGAUGGCAUCGCACCACUAGCAGUAUGCUAACGAUAGCUUUCCAGCUGGUCUAACUAGUUUGCAGAUUGAUGGUCACUACAAUAGGCAUGCAUACGUUUUCCUAAGUCUGGUGGGGGCGGUUGAGCCGAUUUGUUUUUGGUUUUAGCAAAAUGAUGUGGAGUUAGCCAUUUAGCUAGCAAGCUGGCUAGCUACCUGCAUUACGCCAGGAGAGAAGAGUAAUCAAUCGCCGGAUACCUUCACCGCCGGUUUUGUACACGCAGGGCUGCUGCUGAGGCAGGGAAAACGUAACAUAGCGGUUGCCGGUACAUGGACCAGCAAGCGGAGCACUAAUGCUGCCUACAACUUAAACUGAAAAUCCCAGCCACCGGUAGUAGCAAAAGCGCGGUGUAUGAAGUUUUUUUUUGCCGGCCUCCACCUCAGUCCGUAUUCUAGGUAUUAACUACCAACUGAAUACCUAACGUUAGCAAAUUAAAGAACGAACACAACGCAGGGAUGUUGCAUGUCUUGUCUUGCGGCGUUGUGCUUUUUCCCGGACUAUUUUUCGUCUUCAGGAAACUACUACCGUCCAUUUUCAAACAGUGGACUGAUGCCGACGUGGUUCUGGUCAGCGAGAGGUUGGUGUCAUUCAUCCAUGCUGUCAUGGCCACCACGGCCGGGUUCAUCGUGGUGUCCUCCUGCGACAACGUGAUAACCGACAGGCACUGGCUGGCCACCUACUUUGUGGUGUGGUUCGGGGUCCCCUACAUGACGUACGACAUUUAUGCCAUGUAUCUGAGCCAUUAUUACCGCUUCCGGGUCAAGGGUCACGAAGAGUACAAGAAGCACUCCCUCCAAACGGUGAAUUCGUUUGUGCGCCGGGAGUUCCUGCUGGUCCUUCACCACAUCGCCCUGCUGACCAUCCUUCUGCCAAUCACGCUGUUUUUCAGGAAGGACCAGGGCGACUACUUCAUCGGCUGCCUGUUCCUGACCGAGCUCAGCACUCCGUUCGUCUCUUUGGGGAAAAUCCUCAUCCAGCUGGGGCUGCAGGACUGCUGGCUCCACAAGGCGAACGGCAUGAUGGUGCUGCUGAGCUUCUUCGCGUGCCGCAUCGCGCUCUUCCCCUACAUGUACUUGGCGUACGGGCGGCACUACGGCAUCCCCCUCUACAGCGUGCCCUUCCACCUGUCGCUCGCCUGUAACCUGGGCAACCUCUGCAUCCUGGCCCCGCAGGUGUACUGGUUCGUGCUGCUGUGCCGGAAGGGCUACCGGCUGUACCAGCGGCAGGGCAAGGGGCCCGACUCUCCCUGCGUCACGGACAACGACAAGCGAGACUAGAGGACCCCGCCCCCGACACCGUCACCGCCACCGCCACCACCACCGCCACCACCAAUACUGCUGUCACUACUACUACUGCUACUGUUACUACUGCUACCGUUACUACCUGCAGCUGCUACUGCUACCACGUCUACUACUCGAGCCCCUUACCGCUGAUGCUCCUACUACCGAUAGUUCCACUUCAGCCUCUUUCCACCUGCCCCCCAACCCACACCCACACCCACCCGUUUUAGGUCCUCCCUUCUGCUGCUCGAAGGUCGGGGGGGCCUGGAAGAGAGGCCAGCCGUGAAGGAAGCUGAAGCCGCGAGCUCUGAAGCAACGCACAAAGGAACGCCCGCCGUCCGCUCGGCAGGCCAACGCGCCCAGGCUUUCAGCUCAGCUGGAGGAGCUGGUGUUAACGGCAUGUUAUCGCUUGCAGUAUUUGUUUUUUUAUUAUUGUUAUUAUUAUUAUUAUUAUUAUUAUUAUUAUUAUUGUUUUCGGUUUCAGUUGAACUGGUUUUAUUUUGAUCUGUUCCUGUUCCGGUCCUUGUCUGUGCGGAGUUUGGAGAACCCGCUGUUGCCCGAACUUCAUUCCGACGUCCCCUGGAGUGGACACGCUCGUCUCGCCCAGCCCGGCUCCAUGUUCAGACACCGCGGGGGGGAAAGCCACCGCUGGCAGGACCGGCACGUUUCAACCUGAUGGAGAGCCAUUUUUGCCUGGGUUUUUUUUUUUUUUUUUUUUUUUUUUUUUUUUUUUUUUUUAAACAAGUCACCAGCAUCGCUACGCAAACUUGCAAAUGUGAGCGAACCUCCCCAACCAUCGCCCCCCUCCCCCUUCCCCCCUCCCCCCUCCCCCUCCGAGCACGCUCAGACUGGCCCCCGCGCUCUUCCUCGUUUUAAGUCACGAAAGAGACCUGUGGGGUGAACCCUGCCCCCGUCACCUCCGCCACGCGGGACCCAGGAGCAAGCGUGGCCCCUGGCCCCUAACUUUCACAAGCACAGGACUCCUCUAGAGCGGCCCGGGGCCGGGCGCAGGGUUUCCAUGGCGACGCUUGCGUGCGGCUCGUGGGGGUGGGGGUGGGGGGGGCGGGGGCGGGGUGGGCUCUGUCAAAGCAAUAAGAUGUGCAGCGCCGAGUUUGACUUGUGGUCAGAAGCACCAAGCAGCAGGCCAGGGUGACAUUAUGGCACAGUCCGAUCCCCAUGGAAGAGUUAUCACAGGGCAUUACUGUGGGGUGUGGGUGGGAGGAACAAAAAAAGCAAACAAAAAAAAAAAAAAAAAACCCUUUUCAGCAUGAAGCUGCAGGAGAACUACCAAACGGGCGCAUGCAAUUCUGCUUCAAAACGCACACACUGACACAUAUUUAUAUCAUACUUCUAAAGAACAACAUGUAUAUGUAUUCAGAAAUCUCCUUUCCUCCUUUAGGGUUUUCCCCGUGGCGGGUGCGUGUAGUGUAUGUCCCGCAGGAGGGUCGGGAGCACGGCGAGGCUCCCUGACCAGACGCACGGCCUCACCGUUAUCCUUCAGAGCUCGUGGCUAGAGCCUCCUCUCAUUUUUAUUUUCUGACUUUAGCUGUGUGAAUCUGUCUUCAGUUAGGUUCACAGCGCAAGACGAAAACGUGAGCGUUUUAAAUGAACGGGUACUGUAUAUAUGCGAUGCAGUGUGUCUGGGCAGUUACCCAAUUGGUGUUUUGACUCUGUACUCCACCUCACUGGAUUUGAAAUGAAAUGAUGAAUAUGAAGUUAAAGUGCAGAUGAAUAUGAAGGUAGUCCGCUUUACUUUCAGAGCAUUUACAUCCAUACCGGGUGAUCUGUGUAGGAAUUGCAGCCUUUUGAAGCAGUCCUCCUCAUUUUAGGGGAUCGUAAGUAAUUGGAAAAAUGUACGCAAUCUGAAAUAAAAUCAUCAUAUUCAUUACUUUGUUGCAAGUUCUUUGCGGUCGAUGACUGCCUGAAGUCUGCAACCCAUAGACAUUGCCCGAUGCUGGGUAUCUUCCCUGGUGAUGCUCUACCGGGCCUGUGCUGCAGCCAUCUUCAGUUCCUGUUUGUUUCUGUGGUUUUUUUUUUUUUUGCCUUGAAUUUGAAGUGAAACGCAUGUUUACUUAGAUUCAGGUCCGGUGAUUGACUUAGCCAGUUAAGAACAUUACACUUUUUGGCCCUGAAAAACUCCUUGGUUCCUUUACCAGUAUGUUUGGGGCCAUAGUCAUCCACCACCGUGGUCUACUGGGUCGUUUGCUGUCGCUGAGUCCUUGCUUGUCCAAUUACUUUUGGUUUCCCUAUACCCUUGGGUAUAAAAAGGCCUGUAAUUCCUACAUGGACUGCCCCAAUGCAGAUGACCUCAAAUUAAAGCUGACAGUCUAAACUUUAACCUCAUUCCUCAUUUUGUUUGAAUUCCAAUGUGCUGAAAUACGGAGCCAAAACAACAGAAUUUGUGUCACUGUCCCAACACUUACAGACUGCGCUGAAGUUAUUUUAGGAAGAUGUUACUUGACGGAGUGGAAGCUCUUGAGCAGCUUCCCACAGCAGGCUCUCCCUGCUUUUAAUGUGCACAGAUGUAGCGGGGAAAGAUGUAGGAGAUAUCAAUACUUGAUGCUGCGCAUACCUAUUACAAACACACAAAACCCCCCUGUAUGUUUCUUCUGCUUUCAUCAAUGAGUGGACCUGAAAAGCAUUGUGCCAUUUUGCACACCAGCCCCGAUUCUCUUACCUGUGUGUGUGUGUCUGUGUGCGCUUGCUUGUGUGUGAGCGCGUGUGUGUUUGUGCGCACGCACGUGUGUGUAUGUGUGUUCCCAAUCAAUAGGCUGUGAAGGGGUGGAAUUACCUUACUGGGUAGUAAGAACUGAGACAAACAGGAAGGGGGUAGCUUCUCAGAUUUCUGUUAUUGAGUUCUGUUUACUCUUAAGUAUUUAACUGAUUUUUUUUUGUUUUGUUUAAAUCUUUCAUGUACAGAUCAAUCCUUGUUAGGGUUUGGGGGGUUUAAACAUGAAUACUAUCAGUAGUUUGUAUAACAGUGGAUCGGAGUCGUUUCCAUGGCCGAACUGGAACGACCAACACAAUGAUCGGAAACACUCUUGGCAGCAGGGGGAGCCGGCAUCAUGCUUCGUCACUUCCUGUUUUUCUAUAAAACAUUUUUCUCAUGGACGCUCAGUGCUGCGUGGUGGACUUUCUCCUGAGGAACUGGGAAAAGAUUACCUUGCGAUUGGCCCCUGGAUGAUGAGGGCAUGACCACAGCUCCCUGGCCUUUCCCCAGCCACCCUCCCCCCAACCCUUCCCAGCAUGCACUGUGCAGUAGAGCUCCCCUUGCCUAAUUAUUCACAGAGAGGUCAGCUAUGCACUAAUCUUGUCUUCUCGAUGGAUUGGGGGAGGAAUGAUGUUAGAGUAAAACAGCACUAGUUGGUUCCUUUUUUUCUUUUCCUUUUUCUUGUUUUUGCAUUUUGAACUGUAGCUCCAUAUCAAUCUUUUCUUUGUUUUACAAGAAAGGUUUGCUCUUUUAUUUGUCGAUUAGUAGUGGCUCCUCGUCAUGAUCCUCCUCGUUGAUCACACACGAUGACUCGGGCUGCUGCCCUCGGCGGCUGCUGAUCUCGGAGGCUGCUGCCCUCGGUGGCUGCUGAUCUCGGAGGCUGCUGAUCUCGGUGGCUGCUGAUCGCUUUGCCGAGGCUCCGGCGCUCCAGAGCUCAGCUGAAGUGGCCGCAGUCGGGGAGAGAGUGAUGACGGGGCUUGGAGCUGGCGGACUGGUGUCAUUCGGUCAGUGCUGGAAACGGCUGAUUGUUCGGUCUGUUCGUGUUUUUCUUUUUCUGGCCUGCUCACGCUCAGCACAGCCCAGCCCUCUCUGGGGCCGUCUGUCCUUUGUGUGCUAUCAGCCGGGGGGGGGGGGGGGCUCUGCCUCGAUGACGCCGGGCUUCCGGAAGCAUCCGUAAGUGGCCGUCGUGGUGGUAGAGCC